AUGGCGCAUCUUGCAGAGCUCAAGGAAAGCUGGAGAUUCCUCCACGACCAGAAUAUCACGCUGGACGGGGAAAACGAUUCCCUCAAGCCAGAGCAUGUGGUGGCGGUAUCCAGGCUCUGGACCAAAGUGUCCAUUUCUCAGUCGGAUCCCAUCCGGAAGCGAGUGCAGGAGAGCAUCAAGACCCUGGAGCUGCAUCUGGCACGCCAUGAAAAUGUCUACGGCGUCAAUACAGGAUGCGGCGGCAAUGCGACCACCCGGACAAAGAAGCUGGAGGAGCUGCAACAGGCCUUUUUGCAGCAUCACCAAGCCGGCAUCUUACCUGCUCACCGCGAGUCUCAUGCCCUUCCCCUCGACGUCGCUCGCGGCGCGAUGCUCCUCCGCUGCAACUCGCUGCUCCGCGGCCAUUCCGCCGUUCGGAUGGAGGUCAUGGAGCUGCUCUGCCGCUGUCUGAACAAACACAUCACGCCGUUGAUCCCCCUCCGGGGCAGCAUCUCCGCCUCUGGCGAUCUGUCUCCCCUGGCAUACGUGGGGGGGCUUGUGGAAGGCAACCCCGACGUGUAUGUGCAGCUGGGAACAGACAACAGAACAGUCGUCUCCGCUGCCGAUGCGAUGAGACAAGCUGGCAUCUCCCCGUUGGUCCUACAAGCCAAGGAAGCCCUCGGGGUGAUGAAUGGCACUGCUCCCAGUGCCGCCUCGGGGGCGCUGGUGGUGCACGACACCGACCAGCUGGCGGUGUUGACGCAGCUGCUCACGGCGAUGGCGACUGAAGCCCUGCUGGGCACGGUGGACAACUACCACGAGUUCAUCUCGCAGUGUCGCCCGCACCCUGGCCAGCUGGAGGUCGCCAGGAACAUCCGCUCCUUUCUGGCGGGAUCGCGACUGAGCCAUGCGAUGGAUGCCAACCAGCAGGGGCUGGUCCAGGACCGCUACGCCCUACGCACGGCGCCGCAGUGGUUGGGCCCUGUACUGGAGGAUCUGGCGCAGGCGAGGCGCCAGAUCACCGUCGAGCUGAAUGCGUCGACGGAUAACCCACUCAUCGACGUCGGCGGCGACAGGUUCCACCACGGGGGCAACUUCCAGGCGGCGGCGGUGACGUCGGCGAUGGAGAAGACGCGGACGGCGCUGGUGAUGCUGGGCCGGCUGGUCUCGGCGCAGUGCCAGGAGAUGGUCAAUCCGGGGCUGAACAAGGGACUGCCGCCCAAUCUGUGCUUCGACAACCCCAGCGUCUCGUUCACCUGCAAGGGCAUCGACAUCAACAUGGCCGCGUACUUCUCCGAGCUGGCCUUUCUCACCGGCUCCGUCGCCAGCCAUGUGCACGUCGCCGAGAUGAACAACCAGUCGGUCAACUCGCUCGCCCUGAUUGCCGCCCGGUAUGCGGCCCAGUCGGUGGAUCUUGUCUCCAUGAUGUGUGCAGCCCAUCUCUACGUGCUCUGCCAGGCGCUGGAUCUCCGGGCGCUGGACCAGGAGCUGUGGCAGACAUGGCAGCCUCGGCUUCUGGCCGUGUAUACGGAGAUUCUUGGUACUUCCGCCAAUUUCGACGCGAUCUGGCAGGGGAUUCUCCUCUCGUGGCAUGCCCACACCACGCUGGACAUCGAACCACGGUGUCAGGCCGUUGCAGCGGAUUCCGUCCACCAGAUGAUGGAUGACCUCAUGGAUGAACACUCGGGGAAUGACGUGCGAACAGUCUCCAGAUGGAAGACUGCAGUGGCAAAGACCCUGAUCGAGACAAACAAGACAGUGCGCCAUCGAUUCAGCCGCGAACAGUCGACGGCAUCAUAUCUCGCCCAUGCAACAGGCAAGAUGUACGGCUGGGUGCGGCACACCCUGCAAGUGCCUCUCCAUCACGGGCUGGUCGACCAUCCAGGCAUCGAUCCUGAGGAUCGAACCAAACGGACCAUCGGGUCCAACGUGACGAAGAUCUACUCUGCCAUUCGCAAUGGGGAACUGGUGGAUAUUCUCGCGACUUGA